ACAGUUUCAGAACAUCGAGUAUCCCUAGGUUGUCUAUCUCAUACCGUGGUCAGAUAUUCCUUUAAAUGGCUUGCACAGCCCAGAAGACUCUCUCUGUUCUGUGCCGCACGCUGGUCCCCAACUCCGGUCUGGCCUCGUCUCUUGCGUGCGGGUGAGAGAGUGAUGACGGGAUGGACGCAAGACGAUCUGCUCCGGUCCUUGACUGUUGGACAAGAUGGAACUAUACCAGACUUGAAGGUUCAGUUCGUGACCGUGGUCUUUCUUUUCCGAUUCAUGCAGACGAGAAUUCGACCUUGAUGGAAAAGCAACUCGAGCAUCAACCGGAGGAGGGCUCUUCGUCCAGCAGCCGGGCACGUGCUAUGGUAGUGGCAGUUUGCAUGCUUCUAUCAGUUAUACUGCUGUUGCUAUCAUCUUCGAAGAACAGCACCGAGAACCGUCCCCUGAACCGUUGCGAGAAUACCGAGAGAGGAUAUCAAGGCUAUCCCGAGAUAAGUCACUAUUGGGGACCGUACGCCCCCUUUUUCUCUCUUGAUGCAAUCUCGGAGAUAUCAGCGGAUAUCCCAGCCGGCUGCAACGUUACUUUCGUUCAAGUGCUUUCACGUCAUGGCGCCAGAUACCCGACACUUCACAAAUCGACGAGUUAUUCGGAUCUUAUAGACCGUAUCCAACAGCAUGCAACUGCUUUUCGUGGCGACUUUGCGUUCCUGGAGGACUACAGGUACACGCUAGGCGCUGAUAACUUGACGGCUUUUGGUGAGAACGAGAUGGCUUUGUCCGGGGUUACGUUUUAUAAUCGAUACAAGUCCUUGACAAGGAGUAUCGCCCCUUUUGCUCGGUCUUCCGGAUCUGACAGGGUCGUCCGUUCAGGCGAGCUGUUUCUUAGUGGUUUUCAAAACGCGAAGGCCGCGGAUCCUCAGUCAAAGAAGAACGACACCGUGCCAACAAUCAAGGCCAUACUACCUGAGGAGGGAUCAUUCAACAAUACACUGAGCCACAACAAUUGUCCUGCUUUGGAAGACAAUGAUCUCUCUGAUUCAGCUAAAAUGGGCUUUUUGGGAGGAUUCGCACCAGCCAUUCUCGAUCGUAUUGAGCACAAUCUCCCUGGUGUGAACUUGUCGAUUAAGGAUGCUCUCUAUCUCAUGGAUCUCUGCCCUUUUGAGACGGUGGCCAAGACCAUAGAUGCGUCCAAGCUAUCGCCGUUUUGCUCCUUGUUUACGCAGGAAGAGUGGCGGCACUACGACUAUUAUCAGUCCCUGGGGAAAUAUUAUGGAUACGGAGCGGGAAACUCCCUUGGACCGGCGCAAGGCAUCGGUUUCGUCAACGAAUUGAUUGCCCGAAUGUCCAAUACUCCGGUCAAUGACCACACUAACGUGAACCAUACGCUUGAUUCAGACCCAGAAUCGUUCCCUCUGGAUGCUACGCUGUACGUCGACUUUAGCCACGACAACAGCAUGACAUCAAUAUACGCAGCCCUCGGUUUGUAUAACGGCACAAAGCAACUAUCACUAUCCAGGAUCCAAUCGACGAACGAAACAGACGGCUAUUCUGCAGCCUGGACGGUGCCAUUUGGGGCGCGGGCAUAUGUCGAGAUGAUGCAAUGUCCGUCCGGAGAUGAACCCCUCGUUCGGAUUCUGGUUAAUGACCGCGUUGUGCCACUUCAUGGCUGCCAGGUAGAUGAACUGGGGCGGUGCUCGCGAGGAGAUUUUAUCGAGGGACUGAGGUUUGCUAGAACGGGAGGUAAUUGGGAAAGCUGUUACUUGGCGGCUUGAGGAAGUCAUGCAGAGUAUCUAUCAUAUGUCUGACGCAUCUAAUGUGCCAUUAUGCAGAUAGGCAAUAUAGGAAGUGGACUUCUAGAAAAACUGAGAACCCGUUCAUUCUCAUGGUUCUAGUCAAAAUGCUACCACGCGGACCUAUGUAGGAUUUCCAGGGCAAACUAAGAACUU